AUGGCUGAUCAAAUCAACAUGGGUGGUCUCUCCCUCAACGAUGGCGCUCAACAGGGCCCUCCUCAGGGUCAACGAUCCUACAUCCCCCCUCACAUGCGCCGCCAGGGUGGCCCUCCCCAGGCUGCCCCCCCUCAGGGUGGUCCUCCUGCUAUGAACGGUGGUCCUCCUCCUGCUGGACCUGGUCCCAAUGGUCUCGGCAACAGUGCCUGGGCUAACCAAAACUAUGGUGCCCGUCAAUCCAACUGGGGCAACGACGUUCCUACCUAUCAGAACAACACCAACAACAAUCGCCGGGGCGGCUGGGGCGGUCGAGGUGGUUACAGCGGCGGUGGCGGCAACUUGGAUGGUCACUCUGGAGGCGGUGGUGGUCACACUGCCCGCGGCUCUGGCGAUGGCCAGUGGCGCGAUGGAAAGCACGUUCCUGGCCCGGCUAACCCCCGUGUCGAGCGCGAGCUUUUUGGUACCCCCGAUGACCCUUCCAAGCAGCACACCGGUAUCAACUUCGAGAAGUACGAUGACAUUCCCGUUGAGGCCUCUGGUCAGGAGGUUCCUGAGCCUGUCCACCAGUUCACCACUCCUCCUCUGGAUGAGCAUCUUUGCCGCAACAUCGAGCUUGCUCACUACAAGGUUCCCACUCCAGUCCAGAAGUACUCGAUCCCCAUCGUUAUGGGUGGUCGUGAUCUAAUGGCCUGUGCUCAGACUGGUUCCGGAAAGACAGGUGGUUUCUUGUUCCCCAUUCUCUCUCAGGCCUUCAUCAACGGCCCUUCUCCCGUGCCCGCUAAUGCCGCUGGCCAGUUCGGCCGUCAGCGCAAGGCUUACCCUACCUCCUUGAUUCUUGCCCCUACACGCGAACUUGUCUCGCAAAUUUAUGAAGAGUCUCGAAAGUUCGCUUACCGAUCUUGGGUCCGACCUUGCGUUGUCUACGGUGGUGCCGAUAUUGGUUCUCAGCUCCGACAGAUUGAGCGUGGCUGCGAUUUGCUUGUUGCUACUCCUGGUCGAUUGGUCGAUCUCAUAGAGCGAGGUCGUAUCUCCCUGCAAAACAUCAAGUAUCUGGUCCUUGAUGAGGCCGAUCGUAUGCUUGACAUGGGUUUCGAGCCCCAGAUUCGCCGCAUUGUGGAGGGUGAAGACAUGCCCCAGGUUCAGGACCGUCAGACUCUCAUGUUCUCGGCUACCUUCCCCCGCGAUAUUCAGAUGCUUGCCCGCGAUUUCCUCAAGGAUUAUAUCUUCCUUUCUGUCGGUCGUGUUGGUUCUACUUCCGAGAACAUUACCCAAAAGGUUGAGUAUGUCGAGGAUGUCGACAAGCGCUCCGUUCUGCUGGAUAUUCUGCACUCCAACGCCAAUGGUCUGACCCUGAUUUUCGUCGAGACCAAGCGUAUGGCCGAUUCGCUUUCGGAUUUUCUCAUCAAUCAGAACUUCCCAGCUACUUCCAUUCACGGUGAUCGUACUCAGCGUGAGCGUGAGCGCGCUCUUGAGUUUUUCCGCAACGGUCGAUGCCCGAUUUUGGUCGCCACCGCUGUCGCUGCUCGAGGACUUGACAUCCCUAAUGUUUUGCAUGUUAUCAACUACGAUCUUCCUACUGAUGUUGAUGAUUACGUUCACCGAAUUGGUCGAACCGGUCGUGCCGGAAACACCGGUAUUGCGACCGCUUUCUUCAACCGAGGCAACCGUGGAAUUGUCCGGGAGCUUAUGGAUCUCCUGAAGGAAGCUAACCAGGAGGUUCCUGCUUUCCUCGAGACCAUUGCUCGUGAGUCUUCCUUCGGUGGUCGUGGUGGUCGUUCUCGUGGUGGUGGUGGCCGUGGUGGUGGUGCAACACGUGACUUCCGUAAGUUCGGCGGAGGUGGCGGUGGUGGUGGCGGCUUUGGCGGCAACAACGGCGGCGGCGGCGGCUUCAAUGCUCCUUCCCAGGGCUCAGGCUAUGGUGGAGGCGGUUUCGGUGGCUCCGGCGGCUACGGAGGUGGUGGCUACAGCGGCGGCGGUGGCUAUGGAGGUGGUGGUUAUGGAAACCCCAGUGGCCCCGGAGCUCAGUCUUCUUGGUGGUAA